AUGGCAGAAAACAGACCCCAACCACAUUUCUACCAACGCCUGGACAUCGAGCAUCUGCCGAUAAAAGAAAAAGUCCUUACUCUGCAGGCAUUCAUCUCGAAGGAUCCCGAGUAUGAGGGCUUCGACACGCUGGCGCUUGAAGGCGGCCUCACUCUGCUCGAAGCCGAGCCCAACCGAACCGUCUGGGAGAUGCCCGUCACGCCUCGCCUAUGCAACAAGUCCGGCAAUCUCCACGGCGGCGCCGCUGCCACGAUCAUGGACAACUUGACCUCGACGGCGUUGGUCACAAUCUCAAAGCCUGGUUUCCUCGAUGCCGGCCACGUCAGUCGCACCAUCAACAUGACAUAUCUGCGGCCGGUGCCAAAAGGCUCCACUGCUCGCAUCGAAUGCCAUGUCCAAGCCGCAGGGAGAAACACUGCCAAUAUCGUGGGCAAGUUGUAUGUGAAUGAAAAACUGGCUGUCAUCUGUGUUCACGACAAGGCUGUUUUCAAGAGCGUUUCAAAACUGUGA